AUGGGUUGCAUAAACUCCAAGGUCGAGCCGGAGGACAAGGAAGCCGUCAGGAUCAACGCCGGGAUUGAUAAGCAGAUUCGCAGUGAUAAAAAGACAUAUGACCGGACGGUCAAAAUGCUCCUGUUAGGAGCCGGUGAAUCGGGCAAAUCCACCAUCAUCAAACAAAUGCGCAUCAUCCACUCGGGCGGAUUCCCAGAAGACGAACGUCGACAGAACCGCGCGGUUAUAUAUUCGAAUCUAGUGGUGGCGUUCAAGGUGUUGAUGGACAUUAUGCAGACGCAGAAGAUCGAGUUUGAAAAGGAGAGCAAUCAGGCUCUAGGAAUCUUUCUCGCCAAAACCGAAGCGGAUGUCGAUACCGACGAGGCGUUUGCCGAUCUUGAAAUUAAGGAAGCGAUGACAGAGUUAUGGAGUGAUAGUGGUGUUCAGAAAGCCGUUGCGCGCGGCCAUGAGUUCGCGCUCCACGAUAAUUUGCAUUACUUCUUCAACUCGCUCGACCGUCUAUUCACGCCCGGCUGGUUACCCGACAACCAAGAUAUGCUUCACUCUCGACUUCGUACAACCGGUAUUACAGAGACGUUAUUCGAAUUAGGACAGCUUAAUUUCCGCAUGAUGGACGUUGGAGGACAACGGUCCGAACGAAAGAAGUGGAUUCACUGCUUUGAAGGCGUGCAAUGUCUUCUUUUUAUGGUUGCGCUAUCUGGAUAUGACCAAAGUCUGCUUGAAGACCAAAACGCAAACCAAAUGCAUGAAGCCAUGAUGCUCUUCGAGUCGCUCGCAAACGGAGAAUGGUUCAAACGCAAACCCAUCAUGCUCUUUUUAAACAAAAUGGAUCUCUUCAGAACGAAACUCCCUCUGUCACCCAUUAACAAACAUUUCCCCGACUACAGCGGCUCGUCGACUGACUUUGACACGGCAGCAAAAUACUUUGCGGAUCGAUUCCGAAGUAUUAAUCGAAUGCCAGACCGAGAGAUUUAUAUUCAUUAUACCAAUGCAACGGACACUACGCUACUGAAAGCUACGAUGGAUUCGGUGCAGGAUAUGAUUAUUCAGAAGAAUUUGCAUACGCUGAUCUUAUGA